GCAUCCGCGCGCCGGCCGUCGGUCACGUGGCCCCUGGCCAGCGCUUCCCGAAACCGGAAGUGUCCUGGGGCGCGAGGAGGCCGCGGGAGCCCGCUGGCGGUGGCGCGGCGGAGACCCGGCUGGUAUAACAAGAGGAUCGCCUGACCAAGCCGAGAUGCAGAGCACUUCUAAUCAUCUGUGGCUUUUAUCUGAUAUUUUAGGCCAAGGAGCUACUGCAAAUGUCUUUCGUGGAAGACAUAAGAAAACUGGUGAUUUAUUUGCUAUCAAAGUAUUUAAUAAUAUAAGUUUUCUUCGUCCAGUGGAUGUUCAAAUGAGAGAAUUUGAAGUGUUAAAAAAACUCAAUCACAAAAAUAUCGUCAAAUUAUUUGCUAUUGAAGAAGAGACAACAACAAGACAUAAAGUACUUAUUAUGGAAUUUUGUCCAUGUGGGAGUUUAUACACUGUUUUAGAAGAGCCAUCUAAUGCCUAUGGACUACCAGAAUCUGAGUUUUUAAUUGUUUUGCGAGAUGUGGUGGGUGGAAUGAAUCACCUUCGAGAGAAUGGCAUAGUGCACCGUGAUAUCAAGCCAGGAAAUAUCAUGCGAGUUAUAGGGGAGGAUGGACAGUCUGUGUACAAACUCACAGAUUUUGGUGCAGCUAGAGAAUUAGAAGAUGAUGAGCAGUUUGUCUCUCUGUAUGGCACAGAAGAGUAUUUGCAUCCUGAUAUGUAUGAGAGAGCAGUGCUAAGAAAAGAUCAUCAGAAGAAAUACGGAGCAACAGUUGAUCUUUGGAGCAUUGGGGUAACAUUUUACCAUGCAGCCACUGGAUCACUGCCAUUUAGACCCUUCGAAGGGCCUCGUAGGAAUAAAGAAGUGAUGUAUAAAAUAAUUACUGGAAAGCCUUCUGGUGCAAUAUCUGGAGUACAGAAAGCAGAAAAUGGACCAAUUGACUGGAGUGGAGACAUGCCUGUUUCUUGUAGUCUUUCUCGGGGUCUUCAGGUUCUACUUACCCCUGUUCUUGCAAAUAUUCUUGAAGCAGAUCAGGAAAAGUGCUGGGGUUUUGACCAGUUUUUUGCAGAAACUAGUGAUAUACUUCACCGAAUGAUAAUUCAUGUUUUUUCACUGCAACAAAUGACAGCUCAUAAGAUUUAUAUUCAUAGCUAUAAUACUGCUACUGUAUUUCAUGAACUGGUGUAUAAACAAACCAAAAUUAUUUCUUCAAAUCAAGAACUUAUCUAUGAAGGACGACGCUUAGUCCUAGAACCUGGAAGACUGGCACAGCAUUUCCCUAAAACUACUGAGGAAAAUCCCAUCUUUGUAGUAAGCCGGGAACCUCUGAAUACCAUGGGAUUAAUAUAUGAAAAAAUUUCUGGAAAAAUCGAAGUCGAAUUAGUUAAAGAUGAUUAUAAUGAAACUGUUCACAAAAAGACAGAAGUUGUGAUCACGUUGGAUUUCUGCAUCAGAAACAUUGAAAAAACUGUGAAAGUAUAUGAAAAAUUGAUGAAGAUCAACCUAGAAGCAGCAGAGUUAGGUGAAAUUUCAGACAUACACACCAAAUUGUUGAGACUUUCCAGUUCUCAGGGAACAAUAGAAACCAAUCUUCAGGAUAUCAACAGCAGAUUGUCGCCAGGUGGAUUGCUGGCAGACACGUGGGCACAUCAGGAAGGCACUCAUCCAAAAGAUCGAAAUGUAGAAAAGCUACAGGUCCUGUUAAAUUGCAUCACAGAGAUUUACUAUCAGUUCAAAAAAGACAAAGGAGAACGUAGACUAGCUUAUAAUGAAGAACAAAUCCACAAAUUUGAUAAGCAAAAACUAUAUUACCAUGCAACAAAAGCUAUGACCCACUUUACAGAUGAAUGUGUUAAAAAGUACGAAGCAUUUUUGGAUAAGUCAGAAGAAUGGAUGAGAAAGAUGCUUCAUCUUAGGAAACAGUUACUAUCUCUAACUAAUCAGUGUUUUGAUAUUGAAGAAGAAGUAUCAAAGUAUCAAGACUAUACCAAUGAGUUACAAGAAACUCUGCCUCAGAAAAUGUUUGCAGCUUCCAGUGGAAUCAAACAUACCAUGACCCCAAUUUAUCCAAGUUCUAACACAUUAGUGGAAAUGACUCUUGGUAUGAAGAAAUUAAAGGAGGAGAUGCAAGGGGUGGUUAAAGAACUUGCUGAAAAUAAUCAUAUUUUAGAAAGGUUUGGCUCUCUAACCAUGGAUGGUGGCCUUCGCAAUGUUGACUGUCUUUAGCUCUCUAAGACGUUUGAGAAAAGUUUCAGUUUGCACAAGAAAAUAAUGCUGGGGCAUUAAAUGAAUGGCUUUAUAGGUGGGCUCUCAUUUCUACAGUUCAGUAUUUGAUGUGGUCAUGUAAAUAUGUACAAUAUUGUAAAUACAUUAAAAAUAUAUAAAUUUUUGGCUGCUGUGAAGAUGUAAUUUUACCUUUUAACAUUUAUAAUUACGUGAGGAAAUUUGACCUCAGUGAGCACGAGAAGAAAGCCAUGACCGACUGAAAUGUUGAGAUCCUCUACUCUGAGUGAGGCCAAAUAAGUCAUUCUCUCUGCCUACUGGAAAUGUUUUUAAGUGGAACCACAACUGGCAUCCUUAUGAAUGAGAAAGACUGUGAGAACUGGCGCGUUUGUAAAUGGAAGAGUGGAGAGGUGGCUACUGUGAGUGGGGAACAGAACCGAACCACUGUUUUACUAGAGUCACAAUUUUUUUGAGAAGAAUAAAGUGGCAUUAUUUCAUUUUACAAGGUGCCCAGAUCCCAGUUAUCCUUGAGUCCAUUUAAUUUCAGAUGAAUUAUUGAGCAAAAUUUCUAAAGGUAAUUCAUUAUUAAAAACUAUUCAUUUUUCCUUUGGCCAUAAAUGUAUAAUUGUCAUGAAAGUUUUAGGGUCAUUCAACUGUUUUAAGCUGUAUAUUUCUUUACUUUAAUUCUGCUUAAUAUUUCAUGGGAAAAAAAUCAAUAAAUUUCUCAAUUUUAA